AUGGCAGGCAUCAAUACGCCCGACUCGUUCCCGGCCACGCCUGAUGGCUUGGUGGACAGAGAUGGCCUGAGCAGUCCCGCAUCACCUGGCUCCGCCGACUCCUCGGAAGCCAGCACCCCACUUGAAGCGCCCUCUGAUAGCAUCUCCGACAUCCCCAAACGAGUACCAUCGCUGCGAACUGUCUCCGAUCCUCAGAACAUGACGCCCUCUUCGACCCCUCUCGGUAUGCUAAGCCAUGCGCGCCGACCCCCGCCGACCGCCUCCGUCAUGAGCAUGGGUAGUAUGGGCAGUGGUGCGAUGAACGAUAUCAUGGCCAAGGCGCGCGCUCUGCAAGCUCAGCGUAUGGGCAAGCCGGCCGGAACAAACCCCCCUCCCAACUCCAUGUCGGGCAGCCCUGCUUCACCCGUCCCUCGCCAAGGCUCGCCAGGCGGUCCGUUGCCGGGAGGUUUGCCGGGCAAGUUGCAGUUGCCCGGAGGCAUGGUACGCCCGCCACCCGGGGGUUUGCCGCUCUCCGCGCCCGUCAUCAAGACGAAACCGUCGCUUGCCGACAGGAGGCGUCCGCAAAUGAAGCUUUCAGAUAUGGGUAGUUCUUCGCCAGCUUCUCCUACGCCGAAGCUCUCGGAUAUGCAAGGAUCCAGUGAGGGCGCCACGAACGGAACGAGCGGUUCGAAAAUGGACGACUUCAAGAAAUACAUUGAUUCGGAAAAGGGUUGGAUCACAUUUGACGGCGCUGCAACCAUCACCAGGACGGGUGUCAACUUCGCCAAUGGCAGUGCCUUCACCAUCUCAUUAGACGAGGUGGAGGUCUUGGACGAGCUCGGCAAAGGAAACUAUGGUACUGUCUACAAGGUCAGGCACACAAUACCACGAGUCCCUCGUUUUGGUACUGGUCUUAGCGGAUUUAAGCCUGCGAACCUGAACACAUCGCAAUCAGACCCCUCACCCGUUAGGAACCCAGAUGGGUCCGCCGAUGCCUCGCCUACCAGCCCACAAACAGUAACGGAAGGAACAUCAGGAAGAGUUAUGGCCAUGAAGGAGAUUCGAUUGGAAUUGGAGGAGGCCAAGUUCACGACAAUCUUGAAGGAGCUGGUCAUUUUGCACGAGUGCGUGUCGCCGUACAUCAUCGAUUUCUACGGCGCCUUCUUCCAAGAAGGUGCUGUGUACAUGUGCAUCGAGUACAUGGAUGGCGGCUCUAUUGACAAGCUGUAUGCCGGCGGCAUCCCCGAGGGCGUUUUGAGGAAAAUCACAUACUCUACCGUUAUGGGUCUCAAGUCGCUGAAGGAUGAGCACAAUAUCAUUCACAGAGACGUCAAGCCAACAAACAUCCUUGUUAAUACCAAGGGCCAAGUCAAGAUUUGCGAUUUCGGUGUUAGCGGAAACCUUGUUGCCAGUAUCGCCAAGACAAAUAUUGGCUGCCAAAGCUACAUGGCCCCUGAGCGGAUAUCGGGAGGUGGUAUGGCAGCCGGUGCAGAUGGCACAUAUAGCGUACAGAGUGACAUUUGGAGUUUGGGCCUGACGAUCAUUGAGUGCGCCAUGGGACGAUACCCUUACCCGCCAGAGGUAUCGUCGACAAUUUUCAGUCAACUGAGUGCCAUCGUCGAGGGAGAACCCCCAGGUCUACCAGAAGAAGGAUACUCUAGUACGGCACACGACUUCGUUAAGCGCUGCCUCAACAAAGUCCCCAAGGAGCGGCCGACUUAUGCCAUGCUGCUUCAACACCCUUGGAUGGCGCCGUUCUCGAAAAUCGAGACAAUCACCGAGGAAGCCGAGGAAGGUGACGAGGCAGACGCCGCCGCAGAUGCUGUCGGUAAGAUGUCCCUGACUUCCAGCACAGAGGACGAAGAGGUCGCGGCGUGGGUCAACUCGGUAUUGGAACGCAAGAGAAAGGGACUUGAUCCUAAAUCUGUUUCACGCCCUGCAUUACACGCUGCGCCCCUUGAUAGUGUCAGCCCGGCAUCCAGCCCUGCGGUAGGGUCGGACGCCAGAUUGGAGUAG